AUGGGACAAGAAUGGGACAGCAGUGACUUUGUCAAUGUCAUCAUCAACCAAAACAUCUUUGUUCCGUUGCGUUCAACCCUCGUACUGGACAUGACUUAUCUUGACCUGAGCCUCCCGUCGGUUUCGAAGAGAGACCUCUAUAUUGGCUUUAUCGGUGCACAUCAGGCGUCUUGA